ACGCAAGCUAACGGUCUGACCCGGUUCGGCUGAGCGAGGACGACUGCCGAACGAUGCUUGACUCGUGAUGAUCGCACUGGAAGGCUUCCGGACCACUGGUUAGGGAGCCACAGUGAACCCCCGACAGGAUCCUUUAGACUGCAGGUCCCAACGCUCUGGGCCCGCAUGCCAUAAGAAGAUGCAUUAGACGACUUUGCCUCGUUCGUUCCCAUAGUUGGGCGUUGGGCACCGAGAUCAGCAACGCAAAACUCUUCCCACACGAGUCACUAGUGCGAGCCGCCUCUGUCCCAGUGAUUGUGGACUGUGGGAGAGAGAAAAAUGUGCGGAUACAGGCGUAACAUGCCCGGCAUGGAGGCGCGAUCAGCUGACCGGUUGCCGUCUACUCGCACCGCCUUGAUGGCUUCGGUUUUGUACAAACCGGGUGUUCCAUGAGCAGCGAUUCUGCCAUCAAGGCGGGACUUGCGCCAACGGCCAAGAUCUUCCAAGGCAUGAAUUCGUCCGAGGGGAUUGUGUAUCUACUUUUCUCCAUCUCAGGGUUCUCUUCGAAUCUACAUCGGGACAGAGAAGAGGCCCUUAUGUUGCCCUUUGUUGUUGCGGUCCGUAGGGCAUACGGGCAGGUCUUGGUGCCACAAGCGGUGGGGCUAGCUCCCUUCAGUUUGCACCAUUCGAUUAAGCCACGAAACAUCUGGUGGACGGUGCUAAAACAAGACCUGCCGGAGGCGACAAGCUUGGGGACUGACUGGGCGGUGUGUGGUUCGAAUACAAAGAUAGUGAUAUGUCAUGGGCUGCAGCGAUUCCGAAACCGAGUUGAAGAAAGGUCCAACGUUGUACAAGCUGGUGGAUGAUGAUAGAUGUCCGAGUCGCGUUUGCCCAACU